UUUGCCACGCGAUAUGACACGUGGCCACUUCCUGUUAAAGCAGAAGGGUGGGACAUCGCGGAAGCAGCAUCUCGCAGUGUCGGUAUAUUUCUGUCGCUGAGCAGUUGGACUGAUAAUUAUCAUUCAACAUGCCGGCGUAUCACUCAAACCUGAUGAUCCCUGAAACGAGGCUGGUGGGGAAUAUGGCUUUGCUCCCCGUCAAAACUCAGUUUAAAGGACCAGCCAGAGGGGACGGUGUAGAUUCUGAUAUUAUUGAUGAGGCCAUCUACUACUUCAAGGCCAAUGUUUUCUUUAAGAACUAUGAAAUCAAGAAUGAGGCAGACAGGACACUGAUCUAUGUCACACUCUAUAUUUCUGAAUGCCUGAAGAGACUACAGAAGUGUAGCUCCAGGAGCCAGGGAGAAAAGGAAAUGUACACUCUUGGCAUCACAAACUUUCCCAUUCCUGGAGAACCUGGCUUCCCUCUUAAUGCUAUGUAUGCCAAACCUGCAAACAAGCAAGAGGAAGAGACUAUGAGGGCUUACCUCCAGCAGCUCCGUCAGGAGACUGGCUUGAGGCUAUGUGAUCGUGUGUUUGACCCCCAGACAGAUAAACCCAGCAAGUGGUGGGUUUGCUUCGUCAAGAAGCAGUUCAUGAACAAAAGUCUGUCAGCUCCUGGACAGUGAACGACUGAAGACUGCAUUUUGUUCUACAUUUGCAAGAUGGAUCAAAAGAUUUUUGGGUGGGGUGGGAAAGGAUGGUUUGCUUUUGUGUUAAGAUUUUAUACUGUUUAUGUUCAAAGACACCUUCACUUGUCUGGAUGCUGAUUAUAUUGAGCUGGUGCUUAAUUCAAUAAAGCGAUUAUGGAGAUGCUAA